CCGCAGUACGCUCAUAUCCAUCCACUUAGCAACGCACUAUUUCCCAAAUUAGCUGUACAUUAUUUCGAAAAUAUUCGGCAAAUUAGGAUUGAAAUUUAGUACAAAACAUUUCUUUCGACGUACUUAUCAAUAUCAUUGAAAGAAAUUAUUGUUUCUACGGGUAAAUCAUUCUCAUUGUGGGUAGAGGGAGCGGCCAUUGGCGGACGAUUUACCGGUUGAUGGGCAGUGACGAGGUUUAGCAACUGUUGCCUUGAGAAUAAACGCCAUAGCCACCGUAGUCCUGGCGACUGUAACCCGCCAACUACAAGGCAUUGGAUUUAUAUUGAGAGGCAUCACAGUCGUUCAAGAUGCAAUCAAUCAGUGCGACUACUCAGCAGCAACAGAUCUCAGCGCCGACGAUCAUCACGACACACCAGGCUCAGCAUCAGCCCAGCACGCAGACCAUACAGGCCCAGCAGUUUGUACAAGUCGCAGCCCCAGUUACUGAGCCAGUCAAGGAUGUCCCCUCCGCUGGCACCACAGUGACCCUGCAGACCAUCCCCGUCAGCCAGGCCUCCCAGCAAGGGGUCUACCAAGGACACGUGCAGUACGUAGACGGGGGCGAUCACACAAGUUCCAUCUAUGCUAACGGCGCUAUGGCAAACUAUCCUUACAGUGAGGCCACGACGAUGUACACGCAGGCCACUCCGGCCGGCGGGGCCACGUACUACUCCUCGGGGCAGGCACUCACCUCGGGGGCCCUUGGAAGCAUCCAGACCCUGGGUGGCUCCAACAUGUCCGUGGGUGGAGCCAUCGUUGGAGGGAACCUCAUCGGAGGGGGCUUGCUCGGAGGGCCGCAACUCAUCACCCAGCAGGGGAACACGUACUUGUUACAGGGUCACACCAUGGACGGUAAUGGGCACCCUCUCACGCACACCACUCGUGCAUCACCUGCAACAGUAAGAACAGUCCAGUGGCUGUUGGACAACUACGAGUGCGCAGAGGGUGUCAGCUUGCCCAGAAGCACUCUCUUCAAUCACUACAUGCGACAUUGUCAGGAACACAAAAUUGACCCGGUCAAUGCAGCUUCCUUUGGCAAGCUAAUACGGUCGGUGUUCCUCGGGCUUCGAACCAGGAGACUGGGAACCAGAGGGAACUCCAAAUAUCACUACUAUGGCAUCCGCAUCAAAAGCUCCUCACCACUCAAUCAGUACCAAGAAGAGAGUGGCCACACGGCCAUGAGACAACAGCCAAUCAACUCCGCCAAGAGAUUCAAGCCGUCUCCUUUAGGCGGCAAGCCCGAUGGCACAGAGGGCGGAGGGGCAAUAAGUGGAAGUGGCGGGGCCGCCCAGGACCCCGUACAGACCCAGACCCAGCAGCACCAGCAGUUCCUGGGUGAUGCCUCCAUGGCGCUGCCUGAUUUCGGGGAGCUUAAGUUUGGUUCUACGCCUCUUCCAGAAGGAGUGACGCAUGAUGACGUAAAAGCCUUCCAGGCGCUCUACAGAGAGCACUGUGAGGCCAUUCUUGAUGUGGUCGUUAAUCUCCAGUUUGCUCUUAUUGAAGCCUUGUGGCAGACGUUUUGGAGGAAUCCACCCGCCGACGCACAGCAAAAUGAGGUAGACGUCGAGAAAAGACUUCCCAAAGCCAAGCUGGCCUCCUUAUGCCAGAGCAAUCCAGUCCAAGAGUAUGUGAAACACUACGACCACGUACUGUACCAGGGAUUGGUGGAGGUCCUAAUACCGGACGUGCUACGGCCAAUACCAAGUGCCUUGACACAAGCUAUUCGCAACUUUGCGAAAACGUUAGAGACCUGGUUGAAGAACAGUAUGACUGGUAUCCCACAAGACAUGAUCGGUCUUAAGGUGGGUGCCGUGACCGCCUUUGCUCAGACCCUCCGUCGUUACACCUCCCUCAAUCACUUAGCACAGGCUGCGAGAGCCGUGCUGCAGAACACAUCACAGAUCAACCAGAUGCUGAGCGACCUCAACAGAGUAGACUUUGCCAAUGUACAGGAGCAGGCAUCCUGGGUGUGUCAAUGCGAUGACCAGAUGGUCCAGCGUUUGGAGCAGGAUUUCAAGUCGACCCUACAGGACCAGAACUCCCUGGAGCAGUGGGCUGCCUGGCUGGAGGGUGUGGUGACCGAGGUCCUGGAACCCCAUGAGAACUCCCCAAACUUUGCCAAGGCAGCGCGGCAGUUCUUGCUGAAGUGGUCAUUUUACAGCUCCAUGGUGAUACGUGACCUCACACUCCGCAGUGCCGCCAGCUUUGGGUCGUUCCAUUUGAUACGCUUGCUGUACGACGAGUUCAUGUUCUACCUGAUUGAGCACAGAGUAGCAGCGGCGACGGGAGAAACCCCUAUUGCUGUAAUGGACAAGGUAGACGCCUCGGCUGAACUGGCCAUGAACAACUCACUGCCAACCACCAACAACAUCAACACCACCGCCGGCAACACCAACACCAUCAUUGUCAACAUCCCCACCACAUCAGCCGUAAACUCAGUCGUCAAAGUAGUCAACAGCAAAUGAGAGCCAGUCGUGUGUGCUAUAGUAGACCCCUCACAAAACCCUACAGGUACAUAAUUUAUUUAUUGAGUCAGCUCACUGCGUGUAUUGGCGAUGUUCUGGCACAUUUUUUUUUUCGUAUGGGAGGAAGUUACGCCUUUACUUCGCGUGAGGUACUCAUUGGCACCACAGUAGAUUCUGUCCCUUCCUUCAUUGCUGUUUUCCUUUAAAGAUUACAAUUUCAUGUAUGUUUUUCUCUGUAAAGCCCGUCAAACUGAGAUGCAAUGAACUGAUCUUGGUGACUUGCUUUUGAAACGGAUGCGUAAUCAGUCGCCCUGAAUCUUUGCAGAAGUCUGUUAACCCAUUGGUCCCUGUACAGCCCCAAAUCGCCCCAAACCGCCCUGCCUUCUACUCCCAGGACCGGCCCAAACCACCCUGCCUGUUACUCCCUGUACCGCCCAAACCACCCUGCCUGUUACUCCCUGUACAGCCCCAAACCGCCCUGCCUUCUUCUCCCUGUACUUACCCAAACCGCCCCGCCUGUUACUCCCUGUACCACCCCAAACUUCCCUGCCUGUUACUCCCUGUACCACCACAAACCACCCCGCCUGUUGCUCCCUGUACCAGCCCAAACUUCCCUGCCUGUUGCUCCCUGUACCACCCCAAACUUCCCUGCCUGUUACUCCCUGUACCACCACAAACCACCCUGCCUGUUACUCCCUGUACCACCCUAAACCGUUAUGUCUGUUACUCCCACAACCACCCCAAACCACCCCGACUGUUUAUCCCAGUACCACCCCCAAACCACCCCGCCUGUUACUCCCAGUACUGCCCCAAACCGCCCCGCCUGUUACUCCUUGUACCGCCCCAAACCGUUCGAGCUCUCUAUAGUUUUUGGAUUCAGCUGGGAAUAAACACAGGGUAAUACAAUGUAGUACAACUACAAGCGCUAAUGGGUUAAUAUUCUUUCACUUUUCAUCAGAACUUUGUAGAAUCGUAAAGAAGUAUGGAAAAAAAACCUUCAGUACAAUGCUUCUCAUGUUUAAAAACCUGUAUGGCUAUAUGUAUGGCCUGCAUGAUGUAGUAAAUGUAUAAUUUAAAAUGUUCCUUUUUUGAACAUGUAGUAUGUAGUUACCCAUAAGUUAAUAUGGCCAGUCAUUAUUUUUUACUGUUCUGAUACAUGCAUAGUUUGUUUCCUAUUGCAGUUCAGGUUUUUGACAAAACAACUCCUACUUUUGUGGCAUUAAUUUACCAAAUAUAAAAGUACAUGUCUGUGAAACUUUGUAUGGCACUAGGUUCUGUUAAAACCAUAAUAUAUCCUAGACCACAGUUUGAUCUUACCUAAUAGGAGAGUCUUCAAUAGAAAAACAAUUUGUACUCCACCCUGUGUACCAUACAAUGCCCAGUCUUACGCACGCAUGAGAUGUGUCCCAUUGUCGUGAUGCAUUGGUCGGUACAGAUUUCGAUAUCAGUAUCGAUCAAGUCCGGGCGAAGACCAUUAGUCGACUAGUGGUUGAUUUGUGACGUAACGUAUGCCUGCUCACUAAUAGCGAAGUGCAAACGCCUCAAGUCAAACCGUUGUCAAAACUCCUGGUUUCCUGUUGUGCUUUAUGAUGCCGGUGUCUAUUGGUAGCCAGCGACGCAACCGUACCCCAGGCUCUGGUUCCAAAUAGUUGACUAGAGUAGUCUAACCAUCCUUCGUUCGAGCGAAGUUUGUCAAACUAAGGUUAACUGUAGUUAGCGCCCGAACUUGCUCUUACUUCACAAAGCUUUCACAUAAUUAUAUAAAUCAUGGUCUGCUCCAAAAGAGGCUUCCUAAAAUAAACCAAAGUGAAUUAAUGUUUUCCUCCAAGAUCUUGUUAUGGUAUAUCACAAGCAGCCGAUAUUCUUCAGUGAGAAGCUUUU